AAAUGCAAAAUGUCAGCUCUUCUAUUCACAAAAUCAACUCUGACAAGAAGCAAAGAUGAAGUUUAUGUGGCAGCAGUGGCACUAAGAGCUACAAAGGGACCAGCCCAGCUUUCGAUGUCAACUGCUUACUCCCUCAGUGUCUGGGACUUGCAACACUUCAUGGUCAUCAUCAAACCCUCUUCUCCUCUCCUUUCUCAGGUCAUUGUCUUUGAUUUUCAACCUGAAGAUCCAGAGAACAUAUACACGGCACUUGCUGCUCUGUCUGGUAGAGCAGUACCAGGAGUGGUUCUUACAAGGAAGUUAAGGAAGCUGCCGAGGAGCAGAUGUUGGUUCGUUGGAUAUGCUGAAGGGAAUGCUGUUGAUAAGGCCUAUGACUUCAACAACACAUGGGAGGUUGAUUUGAGAAUUGGGCUUCAUGACUGUCGAGAUUAUACAAAUGUUCCCUUGAAAUGUAAGGAUUGGUUGAACAGCUGACUGGUGAAAAACUUGUGUUGGAGCAUCUGAGAAGGAGAAAUGGUGGUCAGAGUUAAAUCAUUACUUUUUAUACCUCGCUUGAUAAUAACUCAUAAGCGAUGGCAUCCAUGUCUUUGAAGGAGCAUUUGCUGAAACAUUAAUCACUGUCAAUUCCAUGGAAUCCAGAUUGUAAAAAUCUCAGGUUAAGUAGUAGAAAAAGAAUGAUCUUUUUAUAACAAGGAAAUCUAUUUGUCAUGAAUCUCAUUAUAGUAUACAAUUAUAGAAUGUUGCAUUA